AAUAACGUCAUCCAUUUGGCGACACUGGCGACGGAGGGUAAACUUAACUGUUGAUUAUCACGACACAGAGCUGGUUUCUGUGCUUCUCCUUUUAUAUACUCAUCAUUUGUUACAUCUGAUAGAAAGCCGCGUGUAUACUCCGUAUUCCAUCAAUUGAUCAAGCAUGACUCCGGCGACUCUAGAAACCGCGUUUUCGAAGGAUUCCACAUCCACCGCGAUCAUUGUACCCGGCAAACCUGCAUCUAAUAUUUCCUACCAAAGGCUCUCCGCCGAUGUGAAAACCUUCCAAGGACAGCUUGCGAAACUCGGCGUGACCGCCGAGUCUGCGGUUUCAAUCGCGCUUCCGAAUUCCUACGAGUUCAUCGUUUCCUUCAUCGCCGCAGCGUGGCAGCGAGCGAUAGCCGCCCCGCUUAAUCCCGCAUACAAACAAUCAGAAUUUGAAUUCUACAUCGAUGAUUUGAGCUCCGCUGUGGCACUUGUGCCUAAAGGCGCAUACGCCGAGAAUGCGGCAGCGGUGCGGGCGGCUAGAAAGUAUAAUGCAGCCAUCGCGGAAUGCUACUAUAAUGGAGUAGAAGUUCUUCUGGAUGUCAGAGAGAAGGGAAAGCUUUCCAACAAAGGCAAUGCACCCGUUCAAACUGCCCAACCAGACGAUGUCGCUCUUGUCCUCCAUACCAGCGGCACGACGGGUCGUCCGAAAGCGGUACCUCUUACGCAUCGUAACCUUCUGCGGACGAUGAAGAACAUCCAGGAAACAUAUCAGUUGAGCACCAAGGACCGUACCCUGCUUGUUAUGCCUUUAUUCCACGUUCACGGCCUUCUUGCCGGAUUCUUGGCACCUCUGGCAUCUGGGGGCUCCGUCGUUGUACCCUUGAAGUUCUCCGCUUCGACCUUUUGGAACGAUUUCAUUGAGCAUAAAGCAAAUUGGUACACUGCGGUUCCGACCAUCCACCAGAUCCUCCUUAAAAGUCCGCUCCCAUCACCAAUUCCCAGUAUCCGCUUCAUCCGCUCAUGCUCCUCCCCACUCUCUCCAAAGACCUUUCACGAGCUAGAAGAGACUUUCAAUGCACCUGUUCUGGAAGCGUAUGCCAUGACGGAGGCAGCUCAUCAAAUGACGAGCAACCCCCUUCCCCCAGGCAAGCGUCAACCUGGCAGUGUCGGUGUCGGACAGGGUGUCGAGGUCAAGAUACUCGACGAGAAUGGAAAUGAAGUGCCCCAAGGCAAAGAAGCGGAAAUUUGCAUCCGUGGUGAAAACGUCACCAAGGGAUACAUCAACAAUCCCUCUGCCAACGCUUCGUCGUUCACCAAGGACGGCUUCUUCCGAACAGGAGAUCAGGGUAAAAUGGACGCUGAUGGUUAUGUUAUUAUUACUGGUCGGAUUAAGGAGCUCAUCAACAAGGGUGGCGAGAAGAUCAGCCCGAUCGAGCUGGACAACGUCAUCGCGCAGCAUCCCUCAGUAUCGGAGGCUGUCAGCUUCGCGCUCGAGGACGAACACUAUGGUCAGGAUGUUGGCGUCGCGGUGGUCGUGAAGGAAGGCAAGAGGUUGAACGCCGAGGAGCUCAAAGCUUUCAUGUCUGAGAAGGUUGCCAAAUUCAAACUGCCCAAAAAGGUCUUCUUUACGGAUGUCAUGCCUAAGACCGCCACUGGCAAGAUUCAGAGGCGUCUCGUUGCAGAGGCCAUGCUGAAGAAAGAGCAGUCCAAGGCGAAGCUGUAGUCGCUCAUAUACACAAUAGGUUUUGUAUACAAUCAGGGUAAAAUACCAAUAGGUGGUUUGGCAUAGAUGUGUUGUACCGUUGUUCAGCAUCGCAUAUCAGUAUAUGUAGUAGAUUCAACCACACAUAUCUCGUUAAUGUGAAUGGAAGCUAUCGACGGAGAUAUAAUAACCAUGGCACGUUGAAGGUACCAGGUGCACUUUGUUUCUUUAUGCGAAGUGCUAUUGAUCCGGGUUUGUCUUGAGAUACAUAUUUCAUGCCAAGGGCGGAUCAUUUAGAUGCCUGAAGAGGGAUGAUCAUCUUGUUGAGCUGUAUAGCAGCCUAUACCAGUGCACUAGCUUACAUUACAUCAAUAGUAGGGAGGCUGCUGUUAACCAGCCACAGU